CUCUUACAGACAGUGCGGUGGCCCGGGAGCCGCGUCUACGCGGGGGAUUACAGUAACCCGGUUGUCAGUGAUGAGUCAGAGUGCGUGGUGCUGAUGCUGCUGCCAUUUCAUCACCUUUGCGAGCGCAGCAUCCAUCCCUCCGCUCUCCCGGCGCCUGGGCCUACCUCGCUUCGGGCGCCCAGGCCAGCGAUGCGCUCGCUGCUGAGCUAGAUCCGGCCGAGCUGCGCUCUCCCAGGCCUCGGCGGGGCGCCCCCUCACGCUGCCCCCGGCCCAGGCCGAGGAGACCUGCCGAGCCGCUGCCAUGGAGGCCAUCUGGCUGUACCAGUUCCGGCUCAUUGUCAUCGGGGAUUCCACGGUGGGCAAGUCCUGCCUGAUCCGCCGCUUCACCGAGGGUCGUUUUGCCCAGGUUUCAGACCCCACCGUUGGGGUGGAUUUUUUCUCCCGCUUGGUGGAGAUCGAGCCGGGAAAACGCAUCAAGCUCCAGAUCUGGGAUACCGCGGGUCAAGAGAGGUUCAGAUCCAUCACUCGUGCCUACUACAGGAACUCAGUAGGUGGUCUUCUCUUAUUUGACAUUACCAACCGCAGGUCCUUCCAGAAUGUCCAUGAGUGGUUAGAAGAGACCAAAGUACAUGUUCAGCCCUACCAAAUUGUAUUUGUUCUGGUGGGUCACAAGUGUGACCUGGAUACACAGAGGCAAGUGACUCGCCACGAGGCUGAGAAACUGGCUGCUGCAUACGGCAUGAAGUACAUUGAAACGUCAGCCCGAGAUGCCAUUAAUGUGGAGAAAGCCUUCACAGACCUGACAAGAGACAUAUAUGAGCUGGUUAAAAGGGGGGAGAUUACAAUCCAGGAGGGCUGGGAAGGGGUGAAGAGUGGAUUUGUACCAAAUGUGGUUCACUCUUCAGAAGAGGUUGUCAAAUCAGAGAGGAGAUGUUUGUGCUAGUCAGUCCUUUAAUUCCAAAACAUGCUCUCCUAUCUGAACUGAAAAGUGAAUGAAACAAUUAGAAUCUUUGUGUAACUGAAGAGAACUCAACCUCCAUUUGGAUAAGUGAGCCUCCUUCUCAGGGGGAACUCUGACAGAUUUGCGUGCAGGUGGAUGGGGGAGCCUGGGUGCUGUCACCAAGGGACUGAAUUGCUGACGUGGGCUGGGCCAGGCACUGUUUUGUGGCUGAAGCUGGGCAAUGGCUGCUUUGCAGACCACAAGUUAAAGGCCUGGGGUUUGGGCAGCUAGGUCCCAGGAAAACAUACCUACAGACAGGACAACCGUUCCUUGGUAUUUCAGCUCAUUCACAGGUCACAAACAUAAAGAAAUAUGUAAAGGGGAAAAUGUAUCACAUUGGGAACAAUUAGCAUAACUAAAAAAAGACUAUGAGAUCACCAUAUUCAGUGAGAAUAUCCUACAUCAAAUGUGUAUGCUGGGUUUGGUUAAAGGGUACCAAUUAGCUUCUAACAGCUUACCUGUAAAAUAAGGAACAUGGACCAGCUAUUUGCUAAAGCCCCUUCAAGGUCUGGUGUUUGAGUAAAAGUAAUAUGAAUAUGAAAAAGCAGGCAAUCUACACAGUUAUCAUCACAUUUGAGAAAAUGCACACCUUUGUGACAGGAAUACCAGUAUGUGAGAAAAAUUGUCCCAUGCAAAUUACCCUAUACGGAGAAGAGAGAAAUACUGUAACCCAAACAUCACACUCUCUUCCUCCUCUGAUCAUGCCUGGGGUUUCACUGCAUUGGUGACUAGUCCAGCAGUAUAUAGAUCACCUGAGUCUUCAGGCCCUGACAACAACAACACAGGGAUUGCCUCUGGAAAGAGCCCUAAGGCAAGCACUCACUCAUCUUACCUGCUGAACUGGAGGCACUAUGACAAACAAGCUAUAGUUACUUGAGCUACUUAUUCGAUCAUAACAGGCCCAUGAGGGUUCUGCCCCCAUUUUACAGGAUACUAAACUAAGAGUCAGGAGAAUCACGUGGCCAACGUCAAGGACUCCUGACUCCUAGUUCUUUUCUUUUCACUGCAUCAUCUGCUGUCAGAUGAAUAAACAAUUAUGGAUUUGUUUACUCUGGAAGAUGUAUGACUGUAAAUAAAUGUUCUCUACAUGUUAGGAUAUGUUUUCCUAAUUGAUUACAACUCAGCUAUUAUCCUGAGGGAACCUGGGAAAAAAUUAGAGGUAAAGACCAUUCAGGUAUUAUUGACAAGAGGGCUUUAAACAAGUGAGUAAUUGCACAACUAAAAACACAUUAGAACUGUGUGGGCUAUAAGUGUUCUUAUCACUGAAACACAAUAGACAUUUUAUUGAAAGGAACCAAAUGCAGCAAUGGGGAGUAGAAUGAGGAUAAAAUACUCACCCCACAAUGACCUUGGCCACCUGUCUGCUAUAUACGUAUACUGAGUUCUUGUCUACUCUAGAGAGUCAGCUCUUAAUUCUCAGGUGAACACACAGCAAACUGCAUCAGCAAAUUUGAAUGGCUGGCUUGAAGGUUCCAUUAUCUUCUUGAAGAGAUGUGAUGCUUUAAAUUACUUUUUGGAUUGUAGCCAGUUCAGCUAGGCAAAAGCCAUACUUUUCACAAUAAAAAACCUAUUCUGAUUAGAGUCAGGUUUCUAAUAUCCAUUGUGAUAGGAAAGCCUAAGAAUGGCAAAUUGGUUUGAGAUAUAGUAUUGAACUUCAGUAUGAAUGUGACUGAAUCUGAAAGUUUGGACAUUUGCUUCAGCCAGAAUAAAGAAGCCAAAUAAUGAAAAAUCAUGGAAGACUAUUCUGCCACCUAUGCCCCAAGUGGGAUGAGCAAACCACACUGGACCAAUUCACAGCAUCAACUACAGGUGAACUGAUCAUCUUCUCCAUGUACAUUUCACACAAACUGGCUUGAGUGGGGUAAUUAAAUUGCCACCUUCAUGGUUGUAAAGGGCAAAUAAAAGAUGGCAAAUUGGGUUAACAUAAAGUUUCAUCAACUGCUACAGUUAAUUAAUGUUUAGAAGAUUCUGAAAGCAAGAUUAUCCAGUGGAUAAAUGAGAGUUGACUGGAUUCUUGUCAGUUCAAAAAAAUGAAAGAAACAAAACUUCUUUACAAUUUUCUUGACUAAAAUUCAUUAUACAUAUACUUUUCCCAUUCCUGGCAUUUUUAAAGGCAGGUUUAAAAAUACUCAGCAUAGAUCCAGCAGAGGUGGCUGAGCUUAAUUGCUUAAGUUCUAGAAACUUUAAAAAUCAUUUUAGUAGAAUUCAGUACUGUUGUCACUGCAAUAAGUGGGUUUUAGAAAAUAAGUGUGAAAAAAUCAGGUGUUAAUAUAAUACUAAGGAUAAAGCUUUAGAAGCUAUUUUACUACAUAGGUAAAGAAAAGAUAAACUAACUUGUAACAAAGACCACAACUGCAUGUUGGAUUAGAUUGUCUCAUAUUCCAGAAUAAAAUGUACUGUAUACUUUUCCCCACUUUGUUGUGCAUUGUAAUGAAAUGUGAAAAAUGCUUUAUUUAGCUGUAUGUGAAUGAAAAUAUGCUUGUAUUUAGUAAAAUGAUUGAUUAUGUGAC